AUGUCGACAGCACAUAGGCCAACAUGGGACCCGGCGCAGGCCAGGGAUGUUAAAGGAGGCUUGCGCCAAUUCUCUGUGCGGGACAUGGCUGCCCACACGAAGCUGAAAUUCCGGCAAGCUGGUCAGACAUCCACGUCGGAAGUUCAGAAGCGCGACCUACGCGCUGAGCUGCUUGCUGCUGAACAAGAAGCCCGGAAUAAGAAGCGCAAGGCUGAGGGCCUGCCCCCAUUAGAAAACGAUGUACCUGCUGCCCCUCUUGACGAGGAAGCGAACAAGCGAAGAAAGCUGCUACAAGAAGCGCUGGAGCUGGACAAGGACGACACAGACGGGGAAGAUGAGAAGGAGAAGGACGAGGAGGAAAGCGAGGAAGAAUCGGACGACGAGGACGACACGGAUGAGCUGCUUCGUGAAUUGGAGAAAAUUAAACGGGAACGAGCAGCAGAGCAAGAACGGUUAGAACGAGAGCAGUCUGCCGGCGCUGCGGCAUCACGAGAGGCAGAAAUUGCAACGUCAAACCCGCUCUUGAACCUUGCUGCAGCUCUAGGUCAGCAAACACCUGGACUCGCCACUACUGCGCCUGGUACCUUCCAAGUGAAGAAACGUUGGGACGAUGAUUUGAUAUUCAAAAACCAAGCUAUGGACAAGAAACCUGAAGGACAGGGCAACUUUGUGAACGACCUGCUACGGACGGAGUUCCACAAGAAAUUUAUGGCGAAGUUUAUCAAGUAA